CUAUUCAUAUUACUCUAGGUGUAACCAACAGGACCAAAAACAAAAAGAUAGCUCAACAACAGAAGAACGACCCCUAAUCCGUUCAGAGGACCUUUUCUAUGAGUUGGGCAGCAUAAGCGACAACCUAGUCGAUAACUCUGUUUGCUUUUAAGCUGCAGUCCUCCACCCUCCACGAUCCGACGUGGAGCAGGGCUGCCAUCCCGGAACUAUUUGUUUUCAAGAGUACUGUACAUCUGGCGUUGGCUAUGGGAUGGAAGAUCCGGCGACCAAUGCCCGCGACUCUUCGAAGAAGAACCCUUCCUCCUCUUUCUAUCUCAGUCUCUCCUUCUCGCCUUCGAACUCUCUCCUUCCACCUCCUCUCCCACUCCUCCUCCUCCUCCUCCUCCUCCACCGUCACCGCUGAGCUAACCUCCGGACCCCCCUCCACCGCAGCUGCCCUCAACCCCGUCCUCUCCGCCCUUUCGAAAGCCCGCCGGUUCGAAGCUGCCCUCUCCCUCUACCACUCCUCGCUGCACUCGGGCCUGAAGCCCGACUUCACCACCCUUCACAUCGUCCUCGACUGCUACUGUGCGACCCGCCGCACCGGCCUUGCGUUCAAGGUGUUCGACCAAAUUAUCUCCCUCGGUUACAAUCCAAACUGUGUCACCUUCACUUCACUCAUCAAGGGAUUCUGCCGUGAAAGAAAGAUUUCUGAAGCUUUAAGGGUUUUUCAUGACAUGAAGGAGAGGGGGCCGAGCCCGAAUUGCUUCACCUACGCUAUUCUCAUUGGUUCCGUGUGCGGCGAAUCGAAUCCCGAACUGGGCUUGAGUUUGAUUCGUGACAUGUUGGUGUCAAGAUUGGAACCGAAUCCUUUCACUUAUAAUUUAGUUUUUGGAAGUCUGUGUAAGAUAGGGAAAAUUGAAGGAGCGAAGAAUCUUUACGGCAGGAUGACAAAGUUGGGAGUAGUGGGUAAUGUGGUCUCGUAUACUAGUUUUAUAGUUGCAUUGUGCCGGGAGAGGAAUUUGGUGGAAGCGAAGAUGGCUUUUUCUGAGAUGCUGGAGAAGGACGUAUCUCCGGAUGUUGUGACAUACAAUACUCUAAUUCAUGGCUUCUGUGAGAACGGGCAGUUCGAAGAUGCCUUAAAAAUGGUAACUGAGAUGAUAGGGCAUGGGAUCGGCCCGGACAUGGUCACCUACACAACGGUCAUUAAAGGGCUCUGCAAGGAGAGGAGAGUGAAAGAGGCAUUGGAACUUAUAGAUGUGAUGAAUCAUCAAGGGCUCCAUCCUGACAAGUUCACGUAUGGUAUUCUAUUCGAUGGGUUGUGUAAAGAUGGGAGAUUGGAUGAUGCGGUCCGGCUCUUCAAUCAUAUGAAAGGGAGUGAAUUUGGAGAUGAUGUUGUUUGUUACAAUACUUUGAUUGAUGGGUUCUGCAAAAUGGGGGAUAUGGAAGGAGCUUAUAGGCUUUUUGAGGAGAUAUCUGAGAAAGGGCUAAAGCAUGGAGUGGUCACAUACAACACCUUGAUGGAUGGGUACUGUAAAAUUGGAAAAAGUGAGGUUGCACGGGAGCUAUUAUGUGACAUGGAAAGAUCUGGUCUUGGACCGGAUGUAGUCACUUACACUACAUUGAUGUGUGGUUAUUGCAAGGAAGGGAAUCUUGAGCAGGCUGGGCAUUUGCUCGAUGAGAUGAUCUGUAGAGGACUCGAACCUGAUGCUAUCACAUAUAGAGUACUUGCAGAUGGAAUUCGUAGGAAGGGGGUCUUCCAAGAGGCAGAGAGUUUGAUGUGCCGUUCAAAAUGAGAUGAGGAAGAAUUCUAUAGUGCAACAUACUAAAUUCUUAUUGGAUAUUUGUUGCUAAUGUCCGACCACAAGAAGCCAAAGGUAUCAUCAAAAGGAGGAUGAAAUGGGGAUCGUCGGAAUGUACCAAUCUUCCCCAUGCUGGAUUAAUGGGGUUUUGCAUCAAAGAAUGACAAGAACAAUGAAUAACAUUUGGAAGACACAGGAAAAGAUGGAUAAUGACUUUGUCAUGAGCACAUGGGUGUUAUGCAGUAGCAUUCCCAUGUAUCAGCUAGUUGACUGGGAUAAUAAUCAUUUGAUGCAAGAAAUUUGAUUGCUCAUAUUAAUAUGUUCAGCAACUUCUCUUCUUCGAACUGUUUGUUGGACAACGAUUCCUGCUUUGGGGUUAUCACUGCUGAAAUCUCCAGAAGAGCAGUCUGACACUUUCAAUAAUCUUUUCAUCUGAUGAAGUGUUUAUGAUGCGGGUGUUUUAUCAAAGCUAUUAGGAUUUAAGACUGCUUAAGUUACAUGAUCUUGAAAUCAGACAGGUCAUAUUUUUAUUAUCUCAAUUAUGUUAUGUUUUUCUGUAGUACCAUCAAGAUGAUGUUUUCUUAUGGUGCUGGAAUUCUGAUGUUAUGAUACCAUCACAAUUUCAUUUGAAUAUGGAAUUGCUGAGGAUUAACAAGAAUCAUGAUGUUCUGGACAUAGUUCGGACAAGUUCAUUUUGUCUUAGAGGUAUUUGAUGCAAGACAAAAUAUCUGAAUUUUAUGUAUUGAAUGCCAUAUCCUCUUAGUCAUUUCUUUUCGUCCAACCUAUAUUGCAUAUGUUAAUACCGCCGCAUGAUGUGCCAAUCUUUUUCUUUUUUGAGAUUGACUGUUUAUUCCUCGUGUUGGAUAUCCGAAUGAAGCUGAUGGAAAAGCACUGCUUUAGUGCAGAUAUAAAAAACUAAUCCACGUGGUUUGUUUCAUUGAUAUUAAAUGAAAACUUUACAGUACUAACACUUUAUCUAUGUGAUCUCUAGACUGAUGGACAAUUACUACUAGUUGGCAACAAUAACUUGCUGCCAAACUGAUGUAUCAUUUAUUGUUGUCAUUCUUCGGACUCUUUUUAGCUCCCAAAAACUUGGUUAUUAAGGUUUGUAUUGUUGCAUGCAGGAUUAUAUGGUUCGAUUCCAACGGUAGCGGAGUGUACAGGAUGUAGGGCUUAAUCAAGGGUCGCAGAUCCAUUGUUUCUAACGUCUGGGUGAUAGAAUAUGAACUGCUGCAACUGAACCUCAUGGAUUCAUCAUGUCUAGAGUCUUCACUUUCAGAUCACGAUGAAGUUGUCUGAAAGCAUCUCCAGUGUAACCUUUGAAUAUGAUAAAAUCAGAUACUCUCAACAA